CCCAGCCCUCCUAACCUCAAAUAAAUAGUAAAUAACAAAAUAAUUUGAAUUUUGCAUUAUCAUUUAAUUUUUAUCUUUGCUUGUGAACCUUUGUUUAAAUAAUUCACGGAUUUAUUUAUAGGUUCGUUGUCGUAUUAAUCAUCACAAUGGCGAGACAAGAAAAUUCACCAAAAAUACCACAUAGCAAAACAAAUGAUGAAAAACAGGAUGAGAAAUUGUUAGAACCAUUCAAUUACAUUCUACAAGUACCUGGAAAAAAUAUUCGUGCCAAACUCUCAUGUGCGUUCAAUUUAUGGCUACAAAUUUCUGAAGAGAAACUAGCCAUUGUCACGGAUAUCGUACAAAUAUUACAUAGUUCUAGCCUAUUACUAGAUGAUAUCCAAGAUAACUCCAUCCUAAGAAGAGGCAUUCCUGUUGCUCAUUCAAUCUAUGGAAUACCUAGUACAAUAAAUGCAGCUAAUUAUGCAUCAUUUAUAGCUUUAGAAAGAGUUCAGAUGUUGCAGCAUCCAGAGGCAACUUCAAUAGCACUAGAACAAAUUUUGGAAUUGUACCGUGGCCAAGGUAUGGAAAUUUAUUGGAGAGAUAAUUUUAUGUGUCCAUCAGAAGAUGAUUAUAAACAAAUGGUCAUAAGAAAAACUGGUGGUUUAUUUAUGUUAGCCAUUAGACUUAUGCAAUUAUUUAGCAAUAACAAAGAGGACUUUACAAAAAUAACAGGCAUUUUAGGAUUGUAUUUUCAAAUAAGGGAUGAUUAUAUGAAUUUGAAUUCUAAAGAUUACAUGCUUCAUAAAAGUUACUGUGAAGAUCUUACAGAAGGAAAGUUUAGUUUUCCAAUUAUCCAUGCAAUACACAGUCGACCUGAAGAUAAGCAAAUAUUUCAUAUUUUAAAGCAACGCACCAAAGAUGUUGAAGUAAAAAAAUAUUGUGUCGCCCUACUGGAAAAGUUUGGUAGUUUCGAAUAUACCAGACAAAAAUUGAAAGAAUUGGAAUCGGAAGCUAGGCUUGAAAUACAAAGACUUGGCCCCAACCAAUUUAUGGAAGAAUUUAUUGAUUCACUAUCAAAAAUGGAAUAAGUUCUGGAUAUUUAAGCUCCAAAACAUUAUUGUGGAUAUUCACUACACUGAAAUUUAUUCUAAAGAAGAUUGUAUUAUUGUUUAUUGCUUCUUCAGCUUAUUAUUUUUGUUCAAUUCUAAUAAGUAUUGCAAAUAAGUAUUACAAUAAUAAUUUAUCCUGAUUUGUUUGUUCUAAAUAAAUUCUAUAUUAUUUUAAUUGUUAUUAAAUAGAAUACGCAACAUAUAGGUGGAGCAGUAAUUUUUUUGCUUGUAGGUACUUUAAGAAACUGCAGACAAAUUCAGUACCUAAAUUUAGUCUGUAUCACUAUUAGCUCCAAUUUAGGUAGGCUUUUUUCCCUAAACACAUUAUUUAGGACUGUGAAUAUCAUUUAUAAAUUUAUAUUUUAAAAAUGGUGAAUGCGUCAGCAUACAUUUUUACGGUAAUUGGCAAUUUUUAAAAUCGUUUGGUAGAAAUAUUUAAAAUAAUGUUACGAAAUUGCAUCAAGAGCCCACUAGCCCACUGGAUAAUAUGCUCUUUCACUAAUUUUUGAAAUUGGCAUAUUUGGAUAAAGAAACUAAAAACAGAAUUUUCUGUAUUUUUACUUUUGAAAAAUUCAAAGUCCUUGAGAAAACAGAAAAAAAAGAAAUACCUCCAAAUAAAAACCCAGAAUUUAUUUCUAUGACGUCGCAGCUCGCAAUUUGACCGUGUUGUCACUAAUUGUCAACAUUGAAAAUUUGUAAUAGAUUUAAUUAUGAAAUGUUGGCAAAAUAUCAUGAAAAGUAGUUAAAUUAAUUAGUUAUGAAUUAAAUUAUUUUGAAUUUCGCCAAUUUCAAAUGCCUGUAAAAAACUUAUUUAACCUUGUAGAACAUUUUUUUUUGGUAUAUAUGCCUAAAAUAGUCCCUCCUUCGGGAUUUUAUACUUAAAUUACGUAUUUAAAUUUUAGUGAAAGAGACCAUUUCUCUAGAACAUUUUAAUGAAAAAUAAAAGGCAAAAGGGAAACACAUUUGGAAUAAAUUUAGAUCAUUGUAUGGUUUGCAAGGACGAUAGUAGAUGGAUAGAGGUUGACAAAGAAGAAGAAUGAGAGACCCCCGAAAACUUCAGUUUUGUUAAUGAAAACCAAAUUCGAUUCGGAUUUAAUGAUUAGUGCAGAUUGAUAAGAAAGUUCAUCAUCCUCAUUUAUCUUUUUUUGAAUAGAACUGAAUCUUAAUUAUCCCAAAUAGACGAAAAUCUUUGGUCCCUUCAUCUUCCAUAAAAAUUUGAUUGUAUGCUGUUUAGCGAAUUUUGAAGACGGACUAAUGGCGGUCCAGUUUUCUAGCUACAUAGGUCGUCCCAAAUAUCAAGCCUCUGGACUUUUUCCUAUGGGGCACCUGAAAGGUCUGGAAGAACGAGAUUUAUGAAUUUCAAUCCCCAGAAAAUGUUGAAAUAUAAGAGGAAAUAACUCGUUAUGUUAUAUUUUCUAUAUAUAGUAACACCAUAUGUUUGUGAUGCUGUCCAGAGAAGGUGCCAACAAUGUAUUGAACAGUAUGCGAAGGCACAUCGAACAAUUUUUUGGGUUGGUUUGGGUUAUUUAGAUAAGUUUAGUUUUUAACUCGGUUUUUAAUUAACGACUGUUUUUUGGUUACCUAGUAUUUUUUAUUAUUAAUGAUAAGAUAUUCUCUUUUUUGUUAUGUCAUUUUGUCAUACUAUUAUGUUUACUUUCCUUAACAGUACAAACUUAUAACAAACUACAAGUACUUGUAAAGUGUUCUUUUGAUAUGUUAUUCUCAUCUAUGAUUGUCAUUGCAUUAAUCAGUUUGUUAUGUCAAGUUCUUUGUCUAAUAAAGCCAAUAUUUUGGUAUAAUUCGGAAGUUCUAUUCAUUACAAUUUAUUAGACACGAAAUUAAAAAAAAAAUCAGCGAAGAAAUGGAACGUUUCUAUCGUCCAGAAAGAUUUGAAGAAGAUUCGUCGACCAGCUCUGCUAGUCUGGAAUGGACUCAUUGGAAGAAGACAUUCGAAAAUUUUCUUGUUGCCAACAAGCCUAAAACUGAAGAUCUCAGAGAUUAAAUUAAACUACAACUUCUGAUAAAUCAUAUAGCUCCUAAUGUGUAUGCAUUGGUGAGUGAAUGUUCGACAUAUGCUUCCGCUAUAGCCAUACUAGAGAAAGCUUACAUCAAACCUAAAAAUGAUCUCUAUGCUAGACAUAUAUUAGCGACCCGUCAACAACAAGC